UUGAGAGAAGAUUUCAUCGAUCAAUCUGCAAACUAAAUCUGAAGGUUUAGUUGUUGUUUUCGUUUUAACGAAACAGAGAGUAAGCAGUAGAGAGAAUGGCUGAGGCAGUUGUUUCCCUUGUGCUCGAAAGUGUCAGAGAAUUCACCAUUCAGGAAGCCAAGUUCUUGUCUGGAGUCAGCCAUCAAGUUGAGGUUGCACAAAAUGAGCUGCAAUUGAUGCAGGGCUUCCUCAAAGAUGCAGAUGCAAGACAAGGACAAGAUGAAACAGUCCGUAUUUGGGUUGCCAAGAUUAGAGAUGCUGCUUAUGAUUUGGAGGAUGUCAUCCAAACUUACGGCUUGAAAGUGGUUUCCAAGAAGAAAAGAGGCCUCAAGAAUGUUCUCAAAAGAUUUGCCUGCAUCUUCAAAGAAGGGGUUCAUCUUCACCAGAUUGGGGCAGAAAUUGAGAAUAUCACUACCAAAAUUUCGGCGUUGAGAUCGAGUUUGCAGAGUUAUAACAUAAAGGAAAUAAGGGACAGUAGUGGUGGUGAAUCUUCCUUGCAAUUGCAUGAGAGGCUAAGGAGAAGUUAUUCUCAUGUUGUUGAACGUGAUGUUGUUGGGUUAGAGUCCAAUGUUGAAGAUUUGGUUAUGCAUUUACUGAAAGAUGAAAAUCGUCAUCCAGUAGUAUCUAUUUGGGGUAUGGGCGGUUUAGGGAAGACCACCCUUGCAAGAAAGUUUUAUCAUCACAAAAAAGUAAGGCAGCAUUUUCAUAGUUUUGCUUGGGUCUGUGUAUCUCAACGUUUUCAAGUAAGAAAUGUUUGGGAGGGAAUUUUAAUUGAACUCAUUUCCCCUACCAAGGAAAAAAGACAAGAAGUUAAGGACAUGACAGAUGUUGAAAUAGCAAAGGAGCUUUUCCGUGUCUUGCAAAAAAUGAAAUGUUUGGUGAUCCUUGAUGACAUAUGGAGAAUCGAGACAUGGAAUCUUUUGAAGGCUGCAUUUCCAGAUGUGGAAACAGAGAGCACAAUAUUGCUUACCACACGCAAUCAAGCAGUAGCUUCGCUGGCAAAGAGAAAUGCUUAUCCACUCCAGCCACUCAAUGAGAUGGAGAGUUGGGAACUAUUUGAGAAGAAAGCAAUACAUGCAAGGGCUGAAAUCGACUUGGGAAUGUACGAAAUAUUAGGAAGGAAUAUGCUUCAACAUUGUAAAGGUUUACCAUUAGCCAUCAUUGUGCUUGCCGGAGUUUUAGCCAGAAAAAACUCCAUUAGAGAAUGGGAGAGAGUGUCUAAGAAUGUUCAUGAAUACAUAAGCAGAGGCAUCAAACAUGAAGAAGAAUAUGAAGGUGUAUCAAGAGUGUUGGCAUUGAGUUAUGAUGACCUACCGUAUUACUUAAAACCAUGUUUUUUAUAUUUAGGUCAUUAUCCUGAAGACUCUGAGUUUUUGGUGAGCGAAUUGACUAAGUUAUGGGUGGCAGAAGGUCUUAUCUCCUUGGGACAACAAAGACAUGGUUCAAGGGAAACAAUUGAGGAUAUAGCACGUGAUUACUUAAGUGAGUUGGUGGAAAGGUGUUUGGUUCAAGAGGGAAGAAGUGGUUCAACUAGGACAAUUAAAAGUUGUCGAAUCCAUGAUCUUGUACGAGACAUGUGUUUGUUAAAGGCAAAAGAUGAAAGCUUUCUCCAGAUGAACUAUUCUUUGCAAGAAAAUACUUCUUCUAUGGCAGCCGAGGCAACACAAUUGGGGAAAAUUCGAAGACUUGCAAUUUACUUGGAUAAGAACGCAAAUAUGUUGGUUUCUUCAAGAAAUGAAACAAAUAGUCACGUAAGGUCUCUAUUAUUCUUUGGCCUAAUAGAAUGGAUUCCAAAAAGUGAAAAAGGAUUACUAUCUCCGUUGAAGGAUUUCAAAGUGCUUAGAGUUUUGAAGGUUGAAGAUCUUUGGACAAGAAGAGUAGAGUUGCCAAGUGAAAUUGGAAAUAUGGUACACUUAAGGUUUCUAAGUGUGAGGAGGAGCAAAAUAAAAACGUUUCCGCCAUCCCUAGGUAGUUUAGUAUGCUUGCAAACUCUUGAUUUUCGUGUUCCAGCUUAUAUCAACAUUGUCAUCCCAAAUGUGAUAAUGAAGAUGAAACAAUUAAGACAUUUAUAUUUACCUCGGAAUUACCGAGCAAAGGGUAAGUUGAAGCUGUCUACUCUUGGCCAUCUACAGACCUUACAUAACCUUUCAAGUGAGUAUUGUGAUUUGAAAGAUGUUGGUAGAUUAACCAAUCUUAGAAAACUGAAAAUAAGAGUGUUAGGCUCUUUGCAAAAUCUGGAGGAAAUCUUAAAAUCAACAGGCAGCACGCUUAACCGUAUCCGGUCUCUAAUUGUGAAAAAUGACACGAAUAGCGGUGAAGAGCAAGCUAUGCAAAUAGUAUCAAGCUAUCGGGGUAUAUACAAAUUGAAGUUGGAUGGGCCAAUCACAGAAUUACCGAAAGAGCUCCACAACUAUCCAAACCUCACCAAGUUAGUAUUGUGGAGUUGUGGUCUCAAGGAGGACCAAAUGGGAAUACUAGAGAAGCUGCCAAACCUAACAACUCUGCGCCUUGGAUAUAAAACGUUCCGUAAGAAUACAAAGAUACUGGUUUUCUCCAAAGGAGGCUUUCCUUCUCUUGAAUUUCUUCAUGUUUAUGGUAUGUCCCAAAUAACAGAGUGGAGAGUAGAGGAAGGAGCCAUGCCUCGUCUCUGUCGAUUGAACAUCACGUAUUGCUCGGGAUUGACUACACUCCCAGAUGGGCUGAGAUAUCUUACUAAUCUCAGGAAAUUAACCAUCAGAGGGAUGCGUAGAGAACUCCACCGUCGGAUUGAGGAAGAUGGAGAGGAUUUCUAUAAAAUUCAACAUGUACCUUCCCUUGUAAUUGGAGAACCAGACGACUUCUAACCACCACCGAUGCAAUGAUGGCAAGACAUUGAGAAAGUAUCUCGAAGCUUUGAAUUUGUGUUAUGGUAACUGCAUGUGCGAAGCUGAACUUAACAGGGAGAAGAAAGAAAUGCUCUGUAAAAAUCAUUAGGAGCAAAGAUGUGGUCAACUAGUUUAAAGUUCGAUACAAGCUUUUGGGUCUAGUGGUUAUCCAACGGUACAUUUAUAUUAUUAUAUUAUAUUCCUCUUUCGUGUCUGUUUUCAAUUAUGAAUAUUUGAGCCUGUGGGCAUCAUGCGUUUGUUCCCAACUUGAUCCCAUGUGACAUAUGAUAUGAUUUUAUCUUUGUGAGACCAAAGAUUAAAAUAUCGGUCGAUAUUUCAAUCCUUGUGUGAGACAUAUAUUUAUGAAAUCGUCCUUGCUAGCUGCUGGGUAGAAGAGUUUAAAAGAAUGGCUGGUGCUAGAUACAAUUCUUUUUUUUUUUUAAUUUAUUUAUAUAUUGGGAGGAAAGAAAUCCUUUGGGAUUUUGAACCUGGGUGUAGAGUAGGGGGAAAGGGGGAGGCCACCCCUGUGGUUGUUGCACUCGACUAUGGUGUGCGUUGCUUUAGCAUGAAGCAAAACCCCUUGGCUCCGGUGUUGUUGAGAGUAUUUAUCCCACAUUGAAUUGUUAAGGGACCUAGCCUGGGUUUAUAAGGAGUUGGGCUACACCUCCCAUUGCCAAUUGGUUUUGGGGUGGAACCUCACUUUCUUCGUGGUAUUAGAGCAAGGCUUUAAGGGCUCGUUUGGUACGACGGACUGUUAUGGACAUGACUAAAUCCUGGGACUAUGUUGGAUUAGCUCGGAUUGGCCUAAGCUGGAUUAAGUACUGACCUACGUU